AUGGGCGAAACGACCUCGCCGUCGGUCUCGAGACCCAAUAUCAUCUUCAUUAUGGCCGACGACCAUGCGUCCAAGGCUAUCAGCUGCUACGGAGCUGGCAUCAACCACACGCCAAACAUUGACCGCUUAGCAACCGAGGGGAUGAAGUUCAAUCACUGCUACGUGACGAACUCGAUCUGCACGCCAUCUCGGGCAUCUAUUCUGACCGGAACCUACAACCAUGUCAACGGAGUGAUGACCCUUGACAAUCAUAUCAACAAAUAUAUACCCAAUGUCGCAAAACAUCUGCGCUCGGCAGGCUAUCAAACUGCUAUGGUUGGCAAAUGGCAUCUUGGAGAGGGUACUGCUCAUGAACCAUCCGGAUUUGACUACUGGUCGGUCUUACCGGGUCAAGGCGACUAUUGGGACCCGGAGUUCAUCGAGCCUUCUGGCAGCAAGAUUGAGGAAGGCUACGUCUCCGACAUUAUUACAGACAAAUGCCUGCAAUGGAUAGGAUCGCGGGACAGGACACGGCCGUUUUUCCUCAUGUCUCAUCAAAAAGCUCCUCACCGCUCAUGGGAAUGCGACAUCAGGCACAAACACCUGUACACGGAACCAGUCCGCCUUCCUGACACGUUCACUGACGACUAUAAGAACCGAGCGAAAGCGGCCAAAGUGGCCAAGAUGCGGGUCGCCGAAGACUUGACUUACCAGGACCUGGGCCUGGUCCAACCGGACGGUGGGCGACGGGUGGGAGAGAAGGUGCAGCAGGAGAAAGGGGCCAGCGAGCGCAAGAUUCCCGCACCGUCGGACGAGACAGGUGUGAAAUCCCUGCGGCUGAUAGACAAGGAUGAUGGGACCGCUUUCACGUUCAACUCCGCCGCCAAGCUCGCCGAGUUCAAAUUCCAGCGGUACAUGCAGCGGUAUCUGCGCACCAUCCAGUCCAUCGACGACAACGUCGGUCGACUUCUACAAUACCUGGACGACGAGGAAGGAGGCUCGUUGAAAGGAGACACGAUGGUCAUCUACACGUCCGACCAAGGCUUCUUCCUCGGCGAGCACGGCUGGUUCGACAAGCGCUUCAUGUACGAAGAAUCCUUCCAGAUGCCCUUCUUGAUCCGCUACCCGGCCGAGAUCGCCCCGGGCUCAGUCUGCAACGACAUCAUCUCUAACGUCGACUUUGCGCCCACGUGGCUCGACUACGCGGGGCUGACGAUCCCGAACUACAUGCAAGGCGUGUCGUUUCGGGUCCUGCUGCGCGGCGGUGGCGUCGUCCCCGCGCCGCGAGACUGGCAACAGGUCGCCUACCACCGAUACUGGAUGCACAACGACAUCAUCCACCAAGCCUACGCGCACUACGGCGUCCGCAACCAGCGCUACAAGCUCAUAUACUGGUACAACGAGGACUUUGGAGUCUCGGGCGCGCGUCCCAGUCCGCCCGGCGACGAGGACAAAGAAUGGGAGCUCUUCGACUGCGACAUGGACCCGCUCGAGCUGUUCAACGUCUACCACGACCCCCGGUAUCAAGAUGUGGUGAAAGAAAUGACGCGUCUGUUGGAGAUGAAAAUGGCCCAGAUCGGUGACGAGCCUGUCCACCCUCGUGCUUUGACCGCCAAACUGUGA